AUGAAGUGCUCCUCUCAGAAUUUCCCCAGCAUCCAGAGCGGCAUUGCUCCCUGCAGGGAUUUGGGGCAGCAGCAGCCGGAGCCCCUUAGAAACCAGCGCGGCUGGUGGGACCUGGGAAUGUACGCCCUCUGCUGGCUAUCAAAGGAGCCAGAAAGAAUCUGGGUUCGGCGUCCCUGGGAAUGCUCUCGGGUCUGGGUUCCCCGCCAGGCCGAGGGGACGCAGUGUGGCCAUAGACUUCAAAGGUUCCUCCGCCGUGGUGUGGACGACUUGUCCUCCACUUGCUCCCUACUGGGAACAGCCCCCUGCUCGUGGUCGGAGCUGUCCAUCCACUACUUCCACCGGUCUGCGGGAAGCACUGGGCCCCCGGAGCCCCGAGAGCCCGGGCCGGGCGCAGAGACCGCCGCGGCCCCGCGCUGGGAGGAGGCUAAGACUUUCUACGACAGCCUGGCUCCCAAGAAGAAACCCAAGUCGCCCAAGCCUCAGAACGCAGUCACCAUUGCUGUGUCCUCCCGGGCCUUGUUCCGCAUGGAUGAAGAGCAGAGGAUCUAUACAGAGCAGGGCGUGGAGGAGUACGUCCGCUACCAGCUGGAGCAUGAGAAUGAGCCCUUCAGCCCCGGGCCAGCCUUCCCCUUUGUGAAGGCCCUGGAGGCUGUAAACAGGCGGCUCCGGGAGCUCUACCCCGAUAGUGAGGACAUCUUCGACAUUGUCCUCAUGACCAACAACCACGCUCAGGUGGGAGUCCGUCUCAUCAACAGUAUCAACCACUACGAUCUGUUCAUUGAGAGAUUCUGCAUGACAGGUGGGAAUAGCCCGAUUUGCUACCUCAAGGCCUAUCACACCAACCUCUACUUGUCAGCUGAUGCAGAAAAAGUGCGAGAAGCCAUUGAUGAGGGGAUUGCAGCUGCCACCAUCUUCAGCCCCAGCAAGGAUGUGGUUGUGUCUCAGACUCAGCUGCGUGUGGCCUUCGAUGGGGAUGCUGUACUCUUCUCGGAUGAGUCAGAGCGCAUCGUCAAGGCCCAUGGGUUGGACAGGUUCUUCGAGCAUGAAAAGGCCCAUGAGAACAAACCUUUGGCCCAGGGUCCCCUAAAGGGCUUCCUGGAGGCCCUGGGUAGGCUGCAGAAGAAGUUCUACUCCAAGGGCCUACGGCUGGAGUGCCCAAUUCGCACCUACUUAGUGACAGCACGCAGUGCAGCCAGUUCUGGGGCCCGGGCCCUCAAGACCCUGCGCAGCUGGGGCCUGGAGACAGAUGAGGCCUUGUUCCUAGCUGGAGCACCCAAGGGCCCCCUCCUUGAGAAGAUCCGCCCACACAUCUUCUUUGAUGACCAGAUGUUCCAUGUGGCUGGGGCUCAGGAGAUGGGCACUGUGGCUGCACAUGUGCCUUAUGGUGUGGCGCAGACACCCCGGCAAACUGUACCUGCAAAGUAGGCUUCAAGUGCACAGUAGCUGAGCUUUUGCUCCAGGAUCCUUGUCUGGUGAACCUCCUAGUUCCCCACCAUCCUGCCUGCCUGUAUGCUGGCUCUCAUCCCUCUGAGUGUGGUUCUCCAAGGCAAUUCCACAGACUGGGCCAGGAUUCUCACCGUCCCUCCUUUUGGCCAAACACUGUGCCGUGAUGCUGGCCGGGACAGUAGAACAGUGCAGAGUAGCUGAACUGCACGGAGAGGUUGCUGGGACUGAGGGUGGAAGGGUCCAAGAAGUCGGGUUGCCUCAAAGAGAGCCUUAGACAGAAACCAGCUCAGUGUGUAGUACAAAGAACACUGCUGUGAGAGAGGGUGAUUCUGAUGUCUAAACUCUGCCUUCGCAAGAACAGCAUGACUUUGGGUAUCUCCUGGGCCACAGUUUCCCCAUGUUUUAGGUAGUUUUUAAACCCUCCUUUAGCCAGCGAGGUUGGUUUUUAUAAGAUGGCCCUUUGAAGGAGGCAUUCUGUGCAGGGCUGCUGUACGCCUGGCAUAUUACAGAAGGGCUCUCUUCUAGGGGAAAAGACAGCCCUUCUUCUGGCCUGACCCAGUCCCAUGCUGGGUUACACACCCUCGUUAGCAAGAUACGGGCUGGAUUUCAGACCCACUUGCCCCUCGGCCCAAUGGCCUUUGUCAAAUGGGCAAACGCCUAUCUGUAAUUUUUCGCGUUUGCAAACCACUGGACAAGGCAACUUGUUUCCUGUGAUAUUCUGACCUGAACUGUGGUGAUCCAUGGCCAAGUGCGAGAUUUGCUGAAAGGAGCCAAGAUUUGGUCUUCAUGCAAAGUCUCCUCUGGCCGGCAGGGGACACUGCAGACUCUUUCUGGGGAGAAGAUUGUGUGGCUGUCAGUGAAAGGUUUCCUUUUGCCUCAGCUUUUAACCAAAGUUCAGUUGUUCUGCCAGCCAAUCCCCACCUCAGCCCUCAAUCCCCCAGUCAUGGCAUCCUGCUGCGCUCUUAGGCAGCUCUGCCUGUGGAGAAAGACAGGAGACUCUGUGGCCCCUGACAUGCAGGAGAGAAGGCCCAGUGUGUGAACCGGCAGCUGUGCGGCCUGAGCAGAGGUAAGGCACUGCCUGAGUGACGUGGGAACUAUCCAGAGGCCUGAUGUGAAAUCAGAGGAACUGAGGCACUGAUGGCUCAGACAGGAAGUUGCUGAAUGCACAGUAGCAGAAUUCUCCCACUGUGGAUAGUGAGUCAGAGCUGAGCGCUCUCCCUGAGGGUACCGGUGACUUCCACUCUUGCAGUAGUACCUUUUCCCCAUUCGUGUCCUAAUGGACCAGCCUUCCUUCCCCUGUGCUGAGCAGUCCUGGCUCCUGCAGAGGAAAGGUAGAACCAUGAUGACCGGCCCCUAGGACGACCGAGACGGGGCGAGAGGACCCCUGUGUAUGUCCCUGCUGCCCGGCUCCUGCAAGCAUCCUAGCUGUGAGUGAGUACUUUGUGAAGAAAGCCAAGGGUAUCCUCUGAGGGACAGGAGCCUCGAGGCAUGGGAUGAAGGGUGACCUGGACAGCCCAGCCCUUGUCCUUCGGAGCACUCAGCCCAGAGAUACUGCGCGACCUAAGAACAGCUGCGAGGAAAUGAUGGGGGCGGGGGCGGGGGCGGGAGACAGACUGAGAAACAGAGAGCGAGCUCAGCCUCAAGGUCAUCCUCCUCUUGCCUGGACCACACAGAAGGCCUGUGUUCCGCCUGCUGCCAGGAUCACAGUUGCCCCCUUGGAGGAGCCUCUAGAGCUUACAGAGACAGCGGCUGUAAGACACCUGCAAGGCCGGGCAUGGCUCAAGCUCACAGAGUGGGCCUGUGCACUCUGAGGGCUGUCGCCUAAUUAAGAUGAACUCCAGCGACUGACUGUGGGACCUGUGAGGUUCAGCCCCAGGGCCUAGGAAUAGACUCCGUAGAACCUUUCAGCUGGCUCAGGAAGCAGGAAGAUAGGAUGUUGGGAACAGAAAGAUAAGGGGCAGUGAAGGCUGUGGAUUUGAGUAGAGCCACCAUUAAUGGAUGUAGACAGCCCUGGGCAACGGGGAGACACUAAAGGUCCAAAUUCUAUUACUGAAACCACAGAUGAACAUCUCGAGCCUGGAAAGCAGCUUUCAGAAACUGGCAUAAAAGGCAGACGUCCCAGAGGCAGGGUUUGGAGGCAGCAAGACAGGCUUCCUGGUUCUGAGCAGGGCCCAGGGGCCCCAGGAAGUUACAAAGUCAGCUGAGCAGCAAAGCCCCAAGCCCCAAGCCCCAAGCCCAGUCUCAGCCUACAUCAUUGGGGAAGAGGGGCCACAGCUUCCAGAACACUGGUCCCAGGAAGUGCUUGCCAUCAAAGUCCCAGACUCAGUGGAACUGCCAGAUGAACAAAGCUCUGUUAUUAAGCACAGAGUCUGCUCAGAUCAUCUCAAAACAGCCCUUGCCCUACCAGAGAGUCCAAUCAGAGCAGUGGGAGUGGUAAUGGAACUUGCUAGGCAAAAGCAAACAAACAAACACAGCAAGAAGUUCAAUCCAAGAUGGAUUCAGCAUGGUGAUGGUAGUGUGCGUCCUUACUGCAAAAGCGAUCACGGACACACUGAGAAACAUCUCCACACCAGUUGGUAAAUAGCCCUACCCUGAAUGUCCCCUGUGACUUCUGCUGCCCUGGCCACUCCGCUGUGAAUGUUCUGUCUUCCUGGGGCUGCACCAGCACCGUGGCCCGUGUCCACUCUAUUUGGUGCCAUCCCACUGCGCUGGUUUAGAGAGUUAAAGUAACUUGUCCAAAGCCACCCAGCUAGCAAGUGCUGGUGCUGGGACUCCAAGUUUGUGUCUGUCUGAUGCUGCGACCAGGUUCUCGGUACUACCUGUGCUUGUUGGAAAUGCUGGAAUGCAUUUCGGUGGCUACACUGGUUACAGCUUCCUAACUAAAAGCAACUUCAGUUAGAGCCAAACAUUUGCAGACUCCCUGAAGACGCACUUCCAAACAGCCCCAAGUUCUGUGGAGCCCAGUUUGAAAACCCCUAAUUUGCUCUAAUGUGGGAUUUGGUAAACUGGGAACCCUUACGCCAAACCUGAUCUCCAGCAUGUCUUUAUUUUUGUUUUAUUUUAUUUGGGGGCCUGUCCUUUGUUUUUGAGACACCGU